AUGAAUAGUCCGUUUAGAUCACCUUUGAAGAAAGAUAGUCUACUAAAUCUUGUGCUAUCACCUACCAAAAAAACCAUACUAUCACCAGUUAAAACACCAAAUGGAAGGGCAGGUUUAAGAUCACCUGAGAAAAGAUCAACUUCAGAUUUAGAUCACUCAGCUAGAAAAAGAGCUAAUAGUACUUUAUAUAAUAAGUUAAUGGAUGAUGAAGAUGAUUUUGAUGAAUUAUUAAAUGAACAAGAUAGACUUCUAGCUGAAAGAAUUAUCAAAGCUUCCAAAACAGAAGUUAAAGAAGAAGAUGAAAUAAAUUAUGGAAGUGAUGUUGAAUUGGAAAUUGAUGAAACAACCAAAAGAGGAAGAAGAAUUAAAAGAAAAGCAUCAAUUGUAAUUGCAGACGAAGAAAAUCUACUGUCUGGAUCAGAAGCAGAAAUUCAUGAAUCAGAUUCUGAUACAGAACAACCCUUCAAAAAAAGACAACCCAAACAACAAAGUCCAACUAAGGCAUCAGUAUACAAAACCAAAAAUAAAAGAUUGAAUGACGUAGCUUCAAACAUCAAAAGUAUCUUCCUACAAGAUGAUGAAGUAUUUGAUCAACUAGCACCAAACAAGAAUUCUAAAAAGAAUACCAAUAGAUCAUUAAUUAGUUUACUUGUUAGUCAACAUUCGGUAAAACAAUCUCCAUUAAUUUCAGGACUUAAAAAAGACAAAACAAAAACCCACCAACAGGACAUCACAACUUUUAAACCAUUAUCUCUAGAUUACGGUAAACAAUUUUUGAAAGAACUAGAAACCACCACAAAUAAACAAAUCAAAUUAUCAGAUCAAUCAUCAUUCUCAAUAGAUGGAGCAGAAGGUUAUUUUGAACAAAACCAUAAGCGUUUCAGAAAUAAUUCAUCAUCAGUUGUUGUACCACAAAUUUCAAAGGAAGAAUUACAAAAUAAUAUAAAAUUAUCUUUAGAUAUACUACAACCAGAAAGAAAUUCAUUAGCUGAUUUACAUAACUAUCUUUUCAAUCAAUGGUGUUUUGAAAUGUCUCAACAAUUUAAUUUGAUCAUGUAUGGGACAGGUUCAAAAUUAAAUCUAAUUAAUCUGUUCAUUCCUUAUUUUAAUGAAUGGUGUACAUCAGUAUAUGGCGAAGGUGUUAAAACUUUGGUUGUUAAUGGAUAUUUACAAAGUUUGGAUAUAAAAUUAAUUGUUCAUCAAAUAGCUCUGCUUCUAUUAGGCCACGACAAUUACCCUAAACAUCUUAAUGAAUUAAUAGAAUAUCUAUUAAAAACCAUGAAUGAAAGAAGAGAAGAAGGAGAAAUAACACCAAAAUUGUUACUCAUAAUCCAUAACUUAGAUGGUCCAAAUCUAAGAAAAGAAAUUUCAAAAAUUUCAAAAUUAUUAAGUAUUGAAGAAAUCUGGGCCAUUUGUUCAAUAGACCACAUAAAUUCUACAUUAUUAUUUGAUAGUUCAACCUUAAAGAGUAUGAAUUGUUUAUGGCAUGAUUUAACUACAUUUGAUUCAUAUUUUACUGAAUUAUCUUCAAUAGAUAUGUUAGCUUUCAAACAACAUCAAAUGAAUACAAGUGGAUGGAUCUAUGUAUUACAAGCAUUAACUUCUAAUCACAAAAAAUGUUUCAUAUUAUUAAUUAAAAAACAAAUGCAUAUAUUAGAACCACAAAAUUCAGAUUUAGCAAAAGGUUCAUUAAAAAAUGCUAUCGAUUUAAAAGAAUUUUAUAAUCAAUGUUUAGAUGAAUUUAUUGUUUCUAAUGAUUCUACUUUUAAAUUGUUUUUAAAAGAAUUUGCUGAUCAUAAUAUGUGUGUUUUCAAUAAAAAUUCAAUUUUCAUACCUUUAAAUUAUAAAGUUUUAAAUAGUAUUCUUCAAUCAAUUGAAUAA